CACCAUUUGCGAUUUAGGUGCGGAACUGUUUGAACCAAGUUGAAGAGCAUUAAGAGCAUUAGAAUGAGUUUUGAGGUGGAAUAUAUGCUAUGCUUGCUGUUGGCGGUGUCGCCUUCGUUGGUCCAGAGUCAAGGUCACGUGAUCGACAAACCCGUUACGGAGUUGUGCCUGACGUGCAUCUGUGAGGCCAUCAGCGGCUGCAAUGCCACAAGGAUCUGCACCAGCCCGGAGAAGGGCACAUGCGGCAUUUUUCGCAUCACCUGGGCCUACUGGGUGGACGCCGGCAAAUUGACCAUCGACGGGGAGCAUCCCGAAUCGGAGCGGGCCUUCAUCAACUGCGCCAACGAUCCGCAUUGCGCCGCCAAUCUGGUUCAGAACUACAUGAAGAAAUUCAAUCAGGACUGCAAUGACGAUGGCGAGAUGGAUUGCCAUGACUAUGCGAGGAUCCACAAGCUGGGGGCCUACGGCUGUCAGGCGGAUUUGCCAUACAAUUACCAGAGCGUCUUCGAUGAGUGCAUCGAGAACUAUGAAGAUCAGGGUCUCGAGUGAUCUUCCGGAACACAGAGUUUGUUAUGCAUCAAAUAAAUAUCGCGGGGAAUCUCCCCUACGGAUCAGAGCAGACUAAA